UGCCCCUUAAGCUGGGAGCUUCGAUUCAUGUGCUGAAAUUUCACCCAAAGUUCGUCCACGGUUGUUAUGCCCGGUAACAAAAUCGGCGGCCCCAAUGCUGCAUAACGUGUUUCGCAUCAUCGGCCUCGGCCUGACCAUCUACUCAUUUCUCCCCCAACUCCAUCUCACCCGAUCCAAGAAGGACACCUCAGGCCUGUCGCUCUUUUUCGUCGUCCUCAACACCAUCUGCGCUACGGAACAGUUCCUCGUCGGUCUGAUCUACGUCAGUCUCCCCCAUGGCGCAGACUUCUUCAUCGACAACCCCAAGUCCUGGGGCGACUGGCUGAACUUCUGCCAACUUGCCACUGUCUGGGUGCUUUUCGUUCUUCAAUUUGGCAUGUGUCUCUGGUAUCCAUCCCCCGGACUAUCCCGCGGACGAAAGAUCUACGCGUCAACUCUCUACGGCAUCUUCCUCGCCAUCUCCCUCGCACCAGGGGCGUUACUCAUCGUGUUGCUCUACCAAGACCCGGAGGCUGACCUAACACACGCGAUCUUCAGCGGCUGCCAUCUACUCUACGUCAACCCGGCGGUGACGUGGCUCAGUCUGGGAGCGUUUCUGUGUCAGGCGGUCACCCUGCUUCGUCCAGGACCACACCACCACAGUGGCAUCAGUGUGCGGGGACUGGGUGCUCAGGCGGUUGUGUUUCUGCUGUUGGCGGGGGCCUGGCCUUUUCGGGUCACCAGUCCACCUUUCCCAGACGACUAUCCGCUGUCUUGGCCGUUGGUCUAUGCUUGGUUCCUGUGGGUGGGGUGGCCGGCGGUGGACAGUCUGAUUUUCGCGGUCGGACAGGGGCUCUUGUUCUUGCUGGCGGCGCGGAGACGUGCUGUCGUCGGCGCUUUGGAGGCUACCGCAGGGGAAACCGAGCCUUUGCUGGCGAGCAGGUAAUAAGGAAGCCUUGUUGUGUCAAGGACAGUCUGACACGCAGAUCAGGCCGUGAAGGGUCCCACCAGAUUUGCACCGGGUACCGCGUUCUUGGGUCGGUUGCUCCUGGGGCAAAUCCACCCCUUCUCUGACCUAAUUCAAGACAUGUAUUGGAUGCCAAUAGAGUGGAGGUGCAUAGAUGUCUUGUCUUCGAUUGUAGAGUCCUUGAUUGAGAUCCAUCAGCUGUUUUCUUUGCAAGCAUAUCCUCGCCGCCCUGGUUUCAG